AUGCUGUUUCAGGUAUUCUCAGCCAUUCUCGAGAACCAUUCUUCGCAAUUUAUAGGAUAUUUCCCAGCCAUUCUCAAGGACCAUUCCUCACACGAUAUACUGUUACUGUGCAUAUCUUGUCAUCUGAAGUGUGCUGAUUAUGAGGCAGCAUUAAGACAACAGUUAUCUAUAGAAUGUGAUGCUCCCCUUGACUCGGGGAAAGAUUCAAAACGGCAAUGGGACCAAGAUCUAGCAAAAGUUGUCUCUGCAGCAAAAGCGUUAUUGAAGAGCAGAGAAAAAAUUCCAGAGUCACGGGUUAAAGAAUUGGAAGAAAUUGUGAAAAGAUUUUAUGGUGUGCUAUCAUUACCAAAAGAACUACUAGAAAAUACGCUGACAAUGGAUGUCAAAAUCAAUAAUGCAAAAUUUGUACCACAUGGACAGAAGGUAGUGCAGUAUUACAUGGCAAAAGAAGGAGGACUUCUGGAGUUUGAGAAGAUGUGGCGGCAACAUUUUGUGGACAUCAUGCAGCCCAAGUAUUUACCUACAUUAUGGUCAGUGGAACAUAGACCUGAAAGGAUGAAAGCAAUGUGCAAUAAUAAUUGAUUGGAUAUUUCAUGUUCUGUAUGCCUGUAUUUAUUUUUUUGUACAAAUGUUCAGUUACAAUGUCACUUGAAACAACAUUCAGUACAGCUGUAUUAAGGUUGAGGACCACUAAUAACAGUAGGCAGUGUUAAGGUAGUGGACCACUAAUAACAAUUAGCAGUGUUUUGGUAGUGGACAACUAAUAACAAUUUCCUUUUGGUUAGAUAUUCUUCCUAUGAAAUUUUAGCAUGGCAGGAAACCAUGUGCUCAUGUAUAAGCUACAUUUGAAACUAAUGAAUGCAGAUAUAGAAUGUAAAGAUAGGUAAUUGCUCAGAAACUGCCCUUGAGUACCUUUAAUAUGAAUACAUACAGAUCAGUAUAGAACUAGGAGAAACCAAUGAUAGCACAGAUACCUGGAAUAAACAGUUAUGAGAGAAAAUUUGACUAAAGAGAAAUAAAUUGUUAAAAAAUGUGUAAGAAUGAAUUACAAGUGUAACCCUAGGGAAAGAUCAUAUUGAUCAAUGUAUUAAAGCUCUUCUUGUAAUAUCUAAAGGGGCAUGCCAGCAAAUCUAAUUACAGUUUAAACUUGGUAUCUCAAAUUCCAGGGGGUUGAGCAUAUUACUUUGAGAUGCCAAAAUUCUACUGAAUAAAUGAAACUUCGUGUAAGUGUUUUCAGGAUGGGCCUUGAAAAAUUCUUCGAUGUAGCCAGAAUUUCGAGAUUCGGAGGUCAAGAUACCAAGUUCCAAUUGAAUUUUAAUUGUAACAUCCGCGAUUUGAAAAAAAACAUAUCAAAGAAAGAGUUGUUUUACAUGAAAAUUAAACAGUUUAUGAAGCAUGUAUAUUACUCUAUAAAAUAAUUGUAAAUUUACUGAUAUAUGGAUAGAAUUCAUAGAUAGAAAAAGACUGCAUAAAUAGGCCACACUUUUUGGACAGUUCAGUGCCAUUAAAAUACACCAUUUUCAAAGACAUGUUACAUAUCUUCAUUGUGAUGCAAGUGCAAUAAUGUCCCAGUGCUGAAAUUUCAGGUAACAAGGUUUAACAUAGUUUUCAUCAAUUCUUCAUUUUUAUUUCUUUACAAAUGGCCCUAAUGAAGGAAAGUAGUUUCUCAACAAUAAAUCUUGCAACUUACACAUUUAAGAAGUUGUAUGUUACAAAGGUUGUCAAUUUUCAAUGGCUGUAAAUGAACAGAAAUAAGAAAGGCUGUAACAUAGGAAAUAUGUGAAUGCUAAGCAAGGUUUUUGUUUGUGAAAACAAGAUCUGUUUUUAACCCUUACCCUUCUAAUUUUCUAUAAUGAACUUGUCCAUCGUUCAAUUUGGACAGUACCAUCAACUUUUAAAAGGGGUGCUUACCAAAAAAAGAUACUGGCUGAAUGGCGAACAGUGCAAAGGCAGAAUCACUUGCCCCAGCAUGAUAAGGGUUAAUCAUUUUUGAUGUACGAGUCUUAAUAAAAGCAUAUACAUUCUGUGGAAACAAAUACUUAAAGGGGCAUGCCUACUGAUGUUUAUUGCAUUUUUGCAAACAGUAGCGAUAGUAAAUUAAGAAGGUCAAUGUAAAUCAAGUUGAUAUGAAAUACAUCUAUUUUGCAUAACAUUUUGACUGUUUGACUGACACAAUAGAGCUUUUUACACAUUUUACAGCUUAUCCAAAAGUUAUAGUCCUGUCUAAAACUCGCCAGAUUAUUUUUUGUUUGCCUGUUAGUUUCAGUUACUUGUAAGCAGACUUAACAAAUUUGACUAAACUUGGCAGGGAUAUCCCCCUUGAUGGAAUAACAUUUUGCAGGGCUCUGACAGUAGUAAUGAAAUGUUUAAGUAUGCUUUUCUUAUUUACGAAAUUGAAGCAAUUUAUAUCUGUUAUAUUCUGUCUGCUGUGUAGAGGUACAUAAGAUAUUCAAAAUUUAUUUUAUAUACAGUCUUUACAAGAGUUCUGUGAUUAAAGUUUAACAAUUUGAUUAUUAAGUAUCAUUUAUUUCGUAGGGAAGGAUUUUACAUUUUUACUCUCCUGCUAUUUUUGAUACUAUACAUUAUUCUAAAAGAUCUCCAAGGGAGAUAAAUUCUAAAAAUAUCUUGACUAGUUUUGAAAUUGAUGUCAAAAUAAAAUUAAUAGAGUAUUUUCCAUUCCAAACAAAUGUUUUGGGCUUUAGAAUUUUUUAGUUUGCAAUUUUGAAUCCCCUUUUUUUAGCUCACCUGUCACAAAGUGACAAGGUGAGCUUUUGUGAUUGCGCGGUGUCCGUCGUGCGUGUGUCCGUAAACUUUUGCUUGUGACCACUCUAGAGGUCACAUUUUUCAUGGGAUCUUUAUGAAAGUUGGUCAGAAUGUUCACCUUGAUGAUAUCUAGGUCAAGUUCGAAACUUGGUCACGUGCCAUCAAAAACUAGGUCAGUAGGUCUAAAAAUAGAAAAACCUUGUGACCUCUCUAGAGGCCAUAAUUUUCAAUGGAUCUUCAUGAAAAUUGGUCAGAAUGUUCACCUUGAUGAUAUCUAGGUCAAGUUCGAAACUGGGUCACAUGCCUUCAAAAACUAGGUCAGUAGGUCUAAAAAUAGAAAAACCUUGUGACCUCUCUAGAGGCCAUAUAUUUCACAAGAUCUUCAUGAAAAUUGGUCAGAACGUUCACCUUGAUGAUAUCUAAGUCAAGUUCGAAAAUGGGUCACGUGCCUUCAAAAACUAGGUCAGUAGGUCAAACAAUAGAAAAACCUUGUGACCUCUCUAGAGGCCAUAUUUUCCAUGGGAUCUGUAUGAAAGUUGGUCUGAAUGUUCAUCUUGAUGAUAUCUAGGUCAGAUUUGAAAGUGGGUCACGUGCCAUCAAAAACUAGGUCAGUAGGUCAAAUAAUAGAAAAACCUUGUGACCUCUCUAAAGGCCAUAUUUUUCAAUGGAUCUUCAUGAAAGUUUGUCUGAAUGUUCAUCUUGAUGAUAUCUAGGUCAAGUUCGAAACAGGGUCACGUGCCUUCCAAAACUAGGUCAGUAGGUCUAAAAAUAGAAAAACCUUGUGACCUCUCUAGAGGCCAUACUUGUGAAUUGAUCUCCAUAAAAAUUGGUCAGAAUGUUCAUCUUGAUGAUAUCUAGGUCAAGUUUGAAAGUGGGUCACAUGCCAUCAAAAACUAGGUCAGUAGGUCAAAUAAUGAAAAGACGUUGUGACCUCUGUGGAGGCCAUAUUUUUCAUGGGAUCUGUAUGAAAGUUGGUCUGAAUGUUUAUCUUGAUGAUAUCUAGGUCAAGUUUGAAACUGGGUCAACUGCGAUCAAAAACUAGGACAGUAGGUCUUGAAUUAGAAAAACCUUGCGACCUCUCUAGAGGCCAUACACUUGAAUGGAUCUUCAUGAAAAUUGGUCAGAAUGUUCACCUUGAUGAUAUCUAGGUCAAGUUUGAAACUGGGUCACGUGCCUUAAUAAACUAGGUCAAUAGGUCAAAUAAUAGAAAAACCUUGUGACCGCUCUAGAGACCAUAAUUUUCAAUGGAUCUUCAUGAAAAUUGGUCAGAAUUUUUAUUAGCUCACCUGUCACAUAGUGACAAGGUGAGCUUUUGUGAUCACGCAGCGUCCGUCGUCCGUCCAUCCGUGCAUCCGUAAAGUUUUGCUUGUGACCACUCUAGAGGUCACAUUUUUUGUGGGAUCUUAAUGAAAGUUGGUCAGAAUGUUCAUCUUGAUGAUAUCUAGGUCAAGUUCGAAACUGGGUCACGUGCCGUCAAAAACUAGGUCAGUAGGUCUAAAAAUAGAAAAACCUUGUGACCUCUCUAGAGGCCAUAUAUUUCAAAAGAUCUUCAUGAAAACUGGUCAGAACAUUCACCUUGAUGAUAUCUAGGUCAAGUUCGAAAAUGGGUCACGUGCCUUCAAAAACUAGGUCAUAGGUCAAAUAAUAUAAAAACCUUGUGACCUCUCUAAAGGCCAUAUUUUUCAUGGGAUCUGUAUGAAAGUUGGUCUGAAUGUUCAUCUUGAUGAUAUCUAGGUCAAGUUUGAAACUGGGCCAACUGCGGUCAAAAACUAGGUCAGUAGGUCUAACAAGAGGACCAUGAUGGUCCUGAAUCGCUCACCUAUCCCCACAUGACCCAGUGUUGAACUGAGUAUAACGUUGUUAUUUCUAUUAUUUGACAAAGUGACCUAGUUUUUGAGCACAUGUGACCUAGAUAUCAUCAAGAUAAAAAAUUCUGACCAAUUUUCAUACAGAUCAAUUGAAAAAUAUGACCUCUAGAGAGGUCACAAGGUUUUUAUAUUAUUUGACCUAAUGACCUAGUUUUUGAAGGCACAUGACCCACUUUUAAACCUGACCUAGAUAUCAUCAAGGUGAACAUUCUCACCAAUUUUCAUGAAGAUCUCUUGAAAAAUAUGGCCUCUAGAGAGGUCACAAGGUUUUUCUAUUUUUCAACCUACUGACCUAGUUUUUUGACCGCACAUGACCCAGUUACAAACUUGACCUAUAUAUCAUCAAGCUGAACAUUCUCACCAAUUUUCAUGAAGAUCCAUUGAGAAAUAUGGCCUCUAGAGACAUCACAAGGUUUUUCUAUUUUUAGACC